UCAUUCACUGUCACACGUGAAAACAAACUUGUGGCGAUUCGUUUUUUUAAGUGUUCUCCGUAAUAAAUAUUGGACAUUUCUGUGAUCGCUUUACUGAACAACAUGGUGAUUCAGAGUUUCGAUCACGGUUAAACCUGAGGAAGAGCUGCGCUUUGUUGUAGGAUCUGGAUAAUCGCGUAUUCCGCCUAUUUGAAGAAAUCAUGUGUCAAGUUGAUGAAGAAUAUAAUGGGUUGGAGUGUAACCAGAAGAUACCUCUACCGACGCUUAACAGGAAGUGUAUGAAAUGCAAGGAGGAAACCGCUUCGCUCAUUAUCCGCGUCAGCGAUGCAUUUUGCCGGUCCUGCUUCAAGGAAUACUUCAUACACAAAUUUCGGGCCAUGCUGGGAAAAAAUCGUGUCAUCUUUCCCCAGGAGAAGGUUCUUGUUGCCGUGUCUGGUGGAGCCGCCUCUUGCGCAAUGCUCUCACAAGUCCAAGAGGGGCUGAGUCAGGACACUCCCAAAAAGUUGAGAUUUGUGCCUGGAAUCAUAUACAUUGACGAGGGCGGCGCCUGUGGGCAGAGCUCCGAGGAGCGGCAGAGGUCGGUUGCUCAGCUUAAGAGCAUCUUCACAGAGACGGGCUUCCCUUACUUCAUUGUCCCACUGGAGCUGGUAUUCAGUUUGCCCACCUCUGUACUGGUCCCUUUGAGCUCUGACCCAGACCGGUCCAAUCCCAUCUAUAAACUGGCUGUGGAUCAGUAUAUCAAACAGAACCUUGUGGAAGAGACCACGGCCGGUGCAAUGUCUCAGCUCAGUAUACAGGACUCUUUGUAUUCACCUGAACACAAGCUGGCGUUAGAGAGACUGUUCGCCUCACUGAAGACACUCACAGCUAAAGAGGACAUGUUACAGACAUUAAGGCAGCAUCUGAUACUGCACACGGCGCGAGUGAAUGGCUACUCAAAGGUCAUGAUGGGCGAGAGCUGCUCUCGACUGGCUGUCAAACUGCUCAGUAAAAUCACUCUGGGCCGCGGAGCAGCUCUGGCUUCAGACACGGGUUUCUCUGAUCCUCGGUACGGAGACGUGGUGAUCACACGGCCGAUGAGGGAUUAUUCAUCCAAAGAGAUCGCCCUCUACAGCAGGAUGUUUAAUGUGCCAUCAGUGUUCAUCUCGGGUCUGGAUACCAAGACCCAUGAUAAAGCCAGCAUCCAGCGACUGACGGAGAGUUUUGUAACCAACCUGCAGGCUGAUUUCCCCUCCACUGUCAGCACCAUAUACAGAACAAGUGAGAAGCUUCACACAGUCAUUCCCGCUCAGAGUCAAACCUCCGAAUCCACCUCAAAGUGCCUGCUGUGUCUCUGUGCUAUUGACACUGAAGUAGAUAAAGCUUCCGCCUUCCAUGCUACUUUGGUAUCUGAGCAGUUGUCCCAGAUCAGACCUCAAGAAAUGUCCCAUGCUGCACCAGCGAUGUCUGCAGACCAGUGCUGUGGUGAAGGACAGGGCUGUGAGACUGGAGGCUGCUGCUCCUCCAAACACAGGUCGCUGAAUCAUCAGGACUUGAAGGCUCUCUUGUGUUACAGUUGUAGACUGACUCUCAAAGACAUGGAAACGAUAGACACUCUUCCGCCGUACAUCACGACAGAGGCAGAGAAACGGCAGAAAAGAUCACACAUGAAGUUGGAGAUCAGUGAGUUUCUAUUGGAGGAUGGCGAUGAUGGCGACUAACGGAUAUUUGGUUCAGACUAAUUGUGUGAUUUAACUCCAUUAUUUCUCCGUGAGAGGCUGAAAAUACAUUUUCUAAUG